AUGAAAAAUGUAGGGAUGAAAGCAGAUAGCUAUCGGACAGCAGUAGCAACAGGAAUUUUAUAUGCGCCUGCACAUUGCAUAGAACUGUUACGCACAGGAAAUACUGAAAAGGGUGAUGCACUAAAAACGGCACGUAUUGCUGGAAUCUUGGCAGCAAAACGCACAGAUGAACUGAUUCCUUUGUGUCACCCUUUACCGAUAUAUCGUGCAGAUGUCGAAUAUGAAUUACAUGAACAACAUGUUGAAAUUAUUGCAACGGUUGAAACCAUUGCUCCUACGGGCGUAGAAAUGGAAGCGCUUACCGCAGUCAGUUUAGCAGGCUUAACUCUAUAUGAUAUGCUUAAACCACACUGCGAACCUGAAGACUUAUGCCUUGACCAAUGUAAAUUACAACUGAAAAAAGGCGGUAAAUCGCAUUUUACCCGAACGCUCAAACAGACUUUAUCUGCAUCAAUACCGUUGCUUCAGGAAAAAAACCUGAUACAGCAGGGCAAAAUUCAAGUGAACUAUCAAGUGAUUGCUGACUCUCCAGAACAGUUGUUGGCGUUAAUUGAACAACAAAAAAAUCAUUAUCCGCUGAUUUUGACGGUUGGUGGAACAGGACUAGGCCCAAAAGACUUAACGGUGGAGACCAUUCAACCUUUACUCCAACGCGAAAUCCCCGGCUUAAUGGAAGCUUCGCGUAGUUUUGGUCAGAGACGUACCCCUUAUGCGGCACUUAGUCGAGGCAUUGCAGGCUAUAUUGACACGAGUUUGGUGAUUACUUUGCCGGGCAGUCGCCAAGGCGCUAAAGAGUCAUUGAUUGCGAUUCUACCAGCCUUGGUCCAUCUGUUUGAUGUGCAAAAAAACAUUCCACAUGUUGGAGGCUAUCAAUAA